GCUCAUUCAGCGGUCCGGAGCUGCCGGCGAGGGGGAGCAGCCGGAGCAGAGCGCGGCCGGUCCGGGGGUGGGGCCGCGCGCAGGGGCGAGGGGAGGCGAAGGUGGCCGCGGCCGCAGCGGCGAGGCCAGCAGCCUCGGACCAGCCCGGGGCCGGCACUGGCACUGGGACCCGGCUCGGAGCGCAGGGCGGCCGCCGCAGGGCCCAUGGCGGCCGCGGGGCAGCUGUGCCUGCUCUACCUGUCGGCGGCGCUUCUGCCUUGGCUCGGGGCAGCCUUCAACUUGGACACCCGCGAGGACAAUGUGAUCCGGAAAUCUGGGGACCCCGGCAGCCUCUUCGGCUUCUCGCUGGCCAUGCACUGGCAGCUGCACCCCGAGGACAGGCGGCUGUUGCUCGUGGGAGCCCCUCGGGCCAAAGCCCUCCCACGUCAGAGAGCCAACAGGACCGGGGGCCUGUACAGCUGCGACAUCACCUCCCGAGGACCUUGCACGCGGAUAGAGUUUGAUAACGAUGCCGACCCCACCUCGGAAAGCAAGGAAGACCAGUGGAUGGGGGUGACGGUCCAGAGCCAAGGUCCGGGGGGCAAAGUGGUGACAUGCGCUCAUCGAUACGAGAAACGGCAGCAUGUCAAUACAAAGCAGGAGUCUCGGGACAUCUUUGGGAGGUGCUACGUACUGAGUGAGAAUCUGAGGAUUGAAGAUGACAUGGAUGGAGGAGACUGGAGUUUUUGUGACGGCCGAUUAAGAGGCCAUGAAAAAUUCGGUUCUUGCCAGCAAGGUGUAGCAGCCACUUUCACUAAAGACUUUCAUUACAUAGUGUUUGGAGCUCCGGGUACUUAUAACUGGAAAGGGAUUGUUCGAGUAGAGCAAAAGAAUAAUACUUUUUUUGACAUGAACAUCUUUGAAGAUGGGCCUUAUGAAGUUGGUGGAGAGACUGACCAUGACGAAAGUCUCGUUCCGGUUCCUGCUAACAGUUACUUAGGCUUUUCCUUGGACUCAGGGAAAGGUAUUGUUUCUAAAGAUGAAAUCACUUUUGUGUCUGGCGCUCCAAGAGCCAAUCACAGUGGUGCUGUGGUUUUGCUAAAAAGGGAACUGAAAUCUGCACAUCUUCUUCCUGAAUACAUAUUUGAAGGCGAAGGUCUUGCUUCUUCAUUUGGCUAUGAUGUGGCCGUGGUGGACCUCAACAAAGAUGGGUGGCAAGAUAUAGUGAUCGGAGCCCCACAGUAUUUUGAUAGAGAUGGAGAAAUUGGAGGAGCAGCAUAUGUCUACAUUAACCAGCAAGGCAGAUGGAGUAAUGUCAAGCCAAUUCGUCUUAAUGGAACCAAAGAUUCUAUGUUUGGCAUUGCUGUCAAAAAUAUUGGCGAUAUUAACCAAGAUGGCUACCCAGAUAUUGCGGUUGGAGCUCCCUAUGAUGAUAAGGGAAAGGUUUUCAUCUAUCAUGGAUCUGCAAAUGGAAUAAAUACCAAACCAACACAGGUUCUUGAGGGUACAACGCCUUAUUUUGGAUAUUCAAUUGCUGGAAAUAUGGACCUUGACAGAAAUUCCUACCCUGAUGUUGCUGUUGGUUCCCUCUCAGAUUCAGUAACUAUUUUCAGAUCCCGGCCUGUGAUUAACAUUCAGAAAAUCAUCACAGUGACCCCUAACAGAAUUGACCUCCGCCAGAAAACGUGCGGGGCGCCUAGCGGGAUAUGCCUCAAGGUUAAAGCCUGUUUCGAAUAUACUGCUAAACCGACUGGUUACAAUCCUCCAAUAACAAUCAUGGGCACACUCGAAGCUGAAAAACAAAGGAGAAAGUCUGGGCUGUCCUCAAGAGUUCAGUUUCGAAACCAAGCAUCUGAGCCCAGAUAUACGCAGGAACUCACUCUGAACAGGCAGAAGCAGCGGCAGUGCAUGGAGGAGACGCUCUGGUUGCAGGAAAACAUCAGAGACAAGCUGCGUCCCAUCCCCAUCACAGCUUCCGUGGAGAUCCAGGAGCCCAGCUCCCGACGGCGGGUAAACUCACUUCCAGAAGUUCUUCCAAUUCUCAAUUCCAAUGAACCCAAGACAACCCAGACUGAUGUGCACUUCUUAAAAGAGGGAUGUGGUGACGACAAUGUAUGUAACAGCAACUUAAAACUAGAAUAUAAAUUUUGUACCCGAGAAGGAAAUCAAGACAAAUUUUCUUAUCUUCCAAUCCAAAAAGGGGUUCCAGAACUAGUUCUCAAAGAUCAGAAGGAUAUUGCUUUGGAAAUAACAGUGACAAACAUUCCAUCUGACCCAAGAAAUCCCAAAAAAGACGGCGAUGAUGCCCACGAAGCCAAACUCGUGGCAACAUUUCCUGACACUCUGACAUACUCCGCCUACCGAGAACUGAGGGCUUUCCCUGAAAAGCAGCUGAGUUGUGUGGCCAACCAGAAUGGCUCCCAGGCAGACUGUGAACUCGGAAAUCCUUUUAAGAGAAAUUCCAGUGUUACUUUUUAUUUGAUCUUAAGUACAACUGAGGUCACCUUUGACACCACUGAUCUGGACAUUAACCUGAAGUUGGAAACAACAAGCAAUCAAGAUAAUUUGGCUUCAAUUACAGCUAAAGCAAAAGUGGUUAUUGAACUGCUUUUAUCGGUCUCCGGAGUUGCUAAACCUUCCCAGGUGUAUUUUGGAGGUACAGUCGUUGGUGAGCAGGCGAUGAAAUCUGAGGAUGAAGUGGGAAGUUUAAUAGAGUAUGAAUUCAAGGUGAUUAACUUGGGUAAACCUCUUAAAAACCUUGGUUCAGCGACCUUGAAUAUUCAGUGGCCAAAAGAAAUAAGCAAUGGCAAAUGGUUGCUCUAUUUGGUGAAAGUGGAAUCCAAAGGACUGGAAAAGAUAGUUUGUGAGCCGCCAACAGAAAUAAAUGCUCUGCACCUAACGGAGUCCCAUAAAUCAAGAAUGAAACGGGAAAUUGCUGAAAAACAGAUAGAUGAUAGGAGAAAAUUUUCUUUGUUUACUGAAAGAAAAUACCAGACCCUCAACUGCAGCGUGAAUGCGAAGUGCGUCAACAUCAGGUGCCCCCUGCAGGGGAUGGACAGCAAGGCUUCUCUCAUUCUGCGGUCCAGGUUGUGGAACAGCACGUUUCUAGAGGAAUAUUCUAAGAUGAACUACUUGGACAUUCUUGUGCGGGCUUCCAUUGAGGUGACUGCUGCUGCUGGUAAUAUCAAGCUGCCCCAUGCAGGCACGCAGGUUCGCGUCACUGUGUUUCCUUCGAAGACUGUGGCUCAGUAUUCAGGAAUCCCCUGGUGGAUCAUCCUUGUGGCUAUUCUUGCUGGGAUACUGGUGCUUGCUCUGUUAGUGAUUAUCCUCUGGAAGUGUGGUUUCUUCAAGAGAAAUAAGAAAAAUCAUUAUGAUGCCACAUAUCACAAGGCUGAGAUCCAUGCUCAGCCAUCUGAUAAAGAGAGGCUUACUUCUGAUGCAUAGUAUUGAUCUACUUCUGUAAUUGUGUGGAUUCUUUAAGCGAUCUAGGUACGAUGAUAGCGUUCCCCGAUACUAUGCUGUAAGGAUCCGGAAAGAAGAACGAGAGAUCAAAGACGAAAAAUAUAAUGAUAACUCCGAAAAAAAACAGUGGAUCACAAAAUGGAAUGAAAAUGAAAGUUACUCCUAGGGGGGUCAUAAAAGCUUCACAGUACCCAAAAUGCCUCUACCACCACUCCAACUCAGACAUUCAAAAGGAUUGAUAAGCCUGUUCAAUAUCUGAAGAUUGAUUUCAGAGCAAUGACACACAGUCCGAAGUUACCUUUGAAACUGUGGAUAUUGUUACGCAGCCGAAGGCGGCUCCUGUUUUGCACAGCCAAAUUGAAGACUAUUGGAGGGGGCCGGGGAAAUAGCUCAGGGUCAUAAGUGCCUACCUGUCAAGUCUAGGGUCGUCACAUCGAUCCCUGUUACCACAAACAAAAAAGAAAAAAAAAAAAAAAAAUGAAGACUAUUGGAGCGGAUUUUUCUUUAACUGCCUUAAUUUAACUUUCUGGGUUGCCUUUGUUUUUGGUGUGGCUGACUACAUGAGCUGGGGAAAGGCCUGCCUGUUGUACCAGGUGGUCUUCUCCUGGCAGUGUGGCUGGAGGAGGGAGGGCACCGCAAUCAUCCACACUAAUGCGAGCGGCCGCCCGACUGCUGCUGCAAGCCUCUUUCCCGUAGGGCUGGAGAACACACAGAUUAACCACGCUGCAGCACAGGACUCUGCUGUCGGGGUAGUCCUGUCUCAGUCUAAAGUGCUGACCUAUUAAAUGUGCAAUAGGUGACACGGCCAUCCUGCCCUCUUCCUCGUUUCCUACCUGUGUGAAUCCGCGCACAUGCCGAAGGCACACAGGUCUCCUCCUUUUCACUAAAACACACAGGUGCAGCAGACUUGAAUGCUAAUUAUAUUUGUUUGUAUAUGAUAUUUAUUUUUUCUUCAAACCAUUUUGUUAUUGACUAACAGGCCAAAGAUCCUUCCCGCUGGUUUAAGCAAUCAGAAUUAGCACAUGGGAGGUCAAUAGUUUGACCUAAAUUACUUGCUGCCAAAAGAUAAUAAUUCUUUGUAAAUGUAUCCCAGAGUUGUUUUAAUAACUUAUCUGUAAUUUAUAACAUCUCCUUCAUGGUGUCCCCUCCCCACCACCCAAAAGGUUUAGGAAAGAGGAUUUCGCUGUGUUUCAUUCUUACCGGACAUCUGAUAACCUUUUAGUUUAGAAACCUGUGUGAAAUUUCUGAAUUUCAUGUUCUAACUGUCAGGAACUUUUGGAGAAAAUGACUAUUUCUUGAACUCUAGGAUGUGUUUACUCACUGUUGCAAAUAUAUUGUAUAUUCAGGGCUAGAAAGAAGCUGGUGAGAACCGAGGGUGGGUCCAGACCCAUCUAGUAUGAGACUACUGAAUGACUGUUACCGAAACCGUGAUUCUGGUCAGGCAGAACAAUCGUAGCGCUUCGCUUUUAGAUGCCAGGGGAGUCAUUCAAUCAGCGAGCCAAUGUUCUGUGUUUAUUUUGUUUUUUCCCCUAUCCAUAUUCCCCCAGUGACUUUGGGGACUACUUUCACAAGAUCUGUAACAUUGUUUAAUUGUAAAUUUAUGUGGAUGGGAGAAAGAAGACAGUUGGCACUCUGUAUAUUCAGUAGAGGUGGAAUAGAUAGGAAAGCUGAAUUUCGUAACUUCCUGUGCUUUAAUAUAUUAAGUUAUUUGGGGAGCAACAGCAAACAGGUGCUAAUUUGGUUGUAGUAUGAGCAGUGUAUCAAUCUUUUAAAAGAACAAGACAGCUGUAUGUGCCAUUGUUGCCUUGGAGUUUAAAUUUUUUUUCUUUUCACAAAUAUUACACCCUUAGAAUACUGAGAACUUCAUUCUGGUUGUACAUUAGAAGUUUGACUCACAAAAAUAAUUUUGCAAAUGGCAUUUUGUUUACAAAAAUUUCUUUAGAACAGGUCAUACCAGUGUUUAAAGUCUCAGUUUCUUCCUUGAGUAAAUCGGAGCCUAACACCCUGGCUUCAUUAUAGGACACUUAAGAAGCUGAUAUUUUGACAGUGUAGACCUUUGUUAAAAAUGAAUGUCCUGAAAAGAGGGGAUGGGGGGAUAGUUUUAACAACAAAGAAACAAGAAUGUUAUGGUAUUUAAAUUUAUACUUGUUAAAAAUGUCAUCUCAAGUCAAGUCACUGGUCUGUUUGCAUUUGAUACAUUUUUAUACUAACUAGCAUUGUAAAAUUAUUUCAUGAUUAGAAAAUACCUGUGGAUAUUUGUAUAAAAGUGUGAAAUAAAUUUUUUAUGAAAGCGUU